GCCCUGGCUCUGGAGACUGCAGGAAAUUGAGAACUGGAGCUGGUUGUUCCUUGGACCACCCCCAAAGUGGUUUCCUACAUUGGUUCUGAAUGCUGUUUAAAUGAGAAGCCACGAGUGCCUUAUUUAAGCCCCUGAGCCCAGAGUGUUGAGUCUUGGAUCUUACCAAACAAGAGCAGAACCAUGAAGCGCCUGUUUGGCUUGGUGGUACUUUUCUCCAUUUCCCUGUUGGCUAAUGCAGCUCCUCCAACAUGCUACUCAAGGAUGCUAAAUCUGAGCAAAGAAAUCAUGGAUUCCUUUAACACACUGCAGAAUGAGGAGCCCUUGGAGCCUUGUGUGGAGGGGCUGCCCAGGCUUUACUUGGAUAUUCACAAUUACUGCGUGUUGGCCAAACUACGGGACUUUGUAGCAUCACCCAGGUGUCGGAAAGUUACUCAAGUGGGUGCCCUGAAAGACAAAGUGCGGAAACUGUACACCAUCAUGAACUCAUUCUGCAGACGGGACUUGGUGUUCUUGUCUGAUGACUGUGAGGCCCUGGAAAACCCCAUCCAAGCACCCACAACUGUAAGAUCUCAAGUUAGGUCAGAGCUGAAGGAAGUUCCCAAGAUGUUUCCAAUGACACCAGCUGCCAAAACGUCAUCUGGUUAAAAUCAUGUACCCAACAGUGCUUAUGUGUGUAAUCCCCAAUUCUGCUGUGCAUUUUUCCAUCUCCAGGAAAUGAGCAAGUCCAUUGGCUAGCUGGAGAGCUGUAUGUCAAAACUGGACUAGAAAGCUUGCUUUUCACUGGAUAUUUCCAUUUAGCCAGGAGGCCUGAUCUGUUUAUUUGAACAGUAAGAAUGAAAUGCUAGAUUUGUUUAUUCCUCAUGAAUGGCUGCCUUUAUAGCAAGCAAAAGGAGGUGCUUUCAUUACAAGCCUAACUUGGUCAGAGCAAAAGCUCCUUCCAUUCUUGUUUAAGCUUUGCGUAUAGUGAGCUAGACUCUUUUGCCCAAGCUGGCCAUAAGAGAAAAAGAUUCUGCAGAGUCUUGUUUAAAAUACUAAACCUAUCUCUGUAUUGUUUUUCAAGUUUCUUUUCAAAGAUGGUGUUAGAGAAAAUGUCCUUUCAAGCUUUAAUUAAUGCAAACUUUAAUUAAAGAUCACUUUUCAUAGAGAAACAAUUGUCUUCUCUGUGACUU